AUGGAACUGAGACAACUGCUCGGAGUGUGUCGCCUGUGCCUUAAACCGCACUCCAACGGUCGCACUAUGUUUAACGAUGAAGGCAUUAUGCAGAAGAUUGCGUUAGUUUGUCGCUUUCCGGUGUUGCAGGUGGACUCGUUGUCCAGUUUAAUAUGUCUGCCGUGCUACGAUACCGUUCUCCGUUUCUACGACUACGGCGAAACGGUAGCAAAAAACCAGCUAUAUCUCAACACUUUGCUGGAAGCUGACACACAAACCAAUGUCCCAAAACAAAACGCGAUCACAGCCACUGAAAAGUGCACUUUAGAAGGCAGCACAACCACCUCGUCCGGUAGCGAACAGGAAGACGAAGCUGAUCGGGACGAACUUUGGGGCACCGUAGCACCGCGUCCUAAGGACCGGCGGGAUCAGAACAAACUGAUCGCCGAGUUCGUGACGCUUUGCUGCGAGCUUUGCGGCAGUAAAUCGGACAGCUUUCGAGCGCUCACGCUGCAUUGCAAGAUGCACCACAAAACGACCGCUAGUGUUUCGUGCUGUGGCAAACGGUUCACUCGCAAAGAUCGCCUGAUGACACACAUUCUGAACCACAUCGAGCCCGAUGCGAACGCGUGUGACGUUUGUGGGCAAGUUUGCAAGAGCAAGGAGCUGCUGCGUGUACACCAAAGGAUUCACCUUCCAGUCGAGCAGUGGCCUUAUCAGUGUGGCGUGUGCGAGCAACGAUUUGUAUCGCGAUCGGGGAUGAUAAACCACCAGGCAACGCACCUACCGACCAAUGAACGGGCGCACGUGUGCGGCAUGUGCCAAAAGAGCUUCGCCUUCCGGUACACCCUGGCGCGGCACAUGCGUUUGCACGAUCAGGGGCAACGGAAACGGUUCGUCUGUGAGUUUUGUGCCAAGCGGUUUAGCACCGAGACCGGGUUGAAAGCACAUCUAGCAAGCCACCGCGAAUCGGACCCAGCGCCCCGCGUCGAAUGUUCGCUGUGCGGCCAGUCGUACAAAAAUAAGGCCACUCUGCGAACCCACAUUUGCUCACGGCACGUCUCCGGCACCGGUGAUCACCGGUGCGAGGUUUGCGGCAAAUCUUUCGUCACCAGACAGUCGCUUACGUCGCACGUAAAGUAUGUCCACACCAAAGAGAAUCGGUUCGCUUGCACCGAAUGUGACCGAACGUUUCGCCGCCGGGUGGAACUGAGAGAACACAGUGCGCGCCAUUCAGGUAAACGGCUGUACGAAUGCAAGCUCUGUAACAAAGGGUUCUUCAACAGCUCGAACUACUUCACCCAUCGCAAGAAGAAACAUGGAGAACAGGCCGCGGGACAGAACCGUGCCUCGGAAAACGGCAGCACCGGCUAAGGUAAGA